GACCGGCUUGGCUUCUCGGGGCUUCCUGCCUCGGGGUUUGCUUCCUCGGGGUGCGGCUUUUCGGGAUGCGGCUCCCCCGGGAUGCGGCUCCCCCGGGAUGCAGCUCCCCCGGGAUGCGGCUCCCCCGGGAUGCGGUGCCCCGGCUCCGUGUGGCCGCGGAGGGUCCGGGUACAGGCCUCCUUUGAAUGUCUGAUGGGGUAAAAGCUGCGUGGGGAUCUCCACAGCUGCAGGGUUUGCUGUCCCCACUCAUGUGGGCUCCCUGGUCUGUGUCACCUGUUUUCCUGUUCAGCGUCUCCUUCAUAGGUUAUUGUAAAAACAGCCAGCCAGACUCGUGUUAGCCCUGGAAACAGCAGAUUCUUCUGGUCAGUGAAGAUUUGCUGCUGGAUUCUGAAGGAUGAUGGUGCUCUGUUUCCUGAGCAGAGCCCUUCCACGAGCCAGGCAUUCACCCAGCCCACUGGGGAGACAACUCUGUUCAGCCAGCACGAAUAAACCAAUCUUGACUUUAUUCACCAAGAAACCAUGCCCUCUGUGUGAUGAAGCAAAAGAAGUUCUUGAGCCAUACAAGAGAAGGUUCAUUCUGCAGGAGGUGGAUAUUACCCUUCCAGAGAACUCGGCCUGGUAUGAUAAAUACAAAUAUGACAUACCUGUUUUUCACUUAAAUGGGAAGUUCCUAAUGAAGCACCGAGUCGACAUUCCAAAGUUUGAGGACCGGCUUAGGAAGCUGGAGCUGCAAAGUGAGGGAAACCAAUGAAGAGAAUGCAGCUGCUCUGAGGCAGGUCUCAAAGGUGAAAAGAACUUUGUGGGGAAAAAAAAAAACAACCUCAUAUUCAUUAACUGGCCUUAAAUUUCUUAGGACAUACAAGUGUGAAAAACUUGAGUGGCUUGUGUUCAGUUUUGUAUUAAUCACCCAGCCCAGCUGCACCAGGAGCCACCUUUUCUGUGCUGUUCAUUUGCUGCUUUCAUGGGCGUUUUUUUUUUUCACUGACAGAAUAAAAGCUGCUCCACAACAGCAGAUAAAGUAAACUCUGUUUGUGUGGGGUGGGCAUGGCCAGGUUUGGGUAGUGGGGGGUGGUACAGGGGUGUUUUCUCUGAGAAGCAGCUGGAAGCUUCCCCUGUGUCCAGAUGAGCCAACCAGCUCCAGGAUGGAUCCUCUGGCCACGUCUGAGACCAUCAGCGGUGAGGAGGAGGAAGGGGAGAAUGUUUAAUAAAAUGACCACAAACCCUGUUCUCCAUCUCCCUGAACCACUGAGGGGAAGGAGGAAGAGAAAAUUGG